CCAUCAUCAUCAUCAUCAUCAUCACAUUUCAACAUUAAUGAGCUGAAUGCUUAAUCCUUAUAUAGAAAAGACACAUGUCAACAUGCUAACAUGCUAAUGUACAGAAGCUCAUGCAGAGACGUCAGACGUCCUCUCAGGUUCUUCAGUCCUCUCAGACUCCUGUGGUUUCAGAUCUUUUACUUGAACCAUGCUUGGUUGUUCCUACAUAUUCUCACAAUAAUAUUCCACAAUCAUUUCUAAAAAUAUGUUUUGUUUAAAUAAAGUUCACACAGGUGAACAGACUGAAA